AUGGACGUCGAGAUGUCUUCCGGCGACGCUGCGCCGCAACAGUCGCAGCCGCAGACGCAGUCAGAAUCGCCAGCCAAGACGUCGCCCCCGGGCGCCUCCAGCGCCAGUUCCGCAGCCGCUGCCCAGAUGAGCUUCCGCAGCGACCGAGAAGGCUUCGACGACAGACAGCAGCAGCAGCAGCAGCCACAGCCACAGCAGACCACGCACGCCGGUGCCGCCAAUGCUUACCCUCGAGCCCCGACCGUAUCACACACCGCGGACGGGACUCCUUCUUCGGCCAUGACGGAAUCGCAAGUACGGCAAGAAGAGGUUGACAACAACACGUACCUAAACCUCGUCAUGAAGCCCAAAUUCACCCGCGCCCCCAUUACGGAAGCCGGCCGGGUGGCCUUCCUCGGAGAGUCCUCAAAUCUCACCCUACUCGUCCACGACCGGCAGGGCUCCUCAGAUGUCGUGCACUACCCGCUGCCUGAGAACGUGCGCGGUUCUCGUGCGAGGUUGACUGAGCUGGACAACGUCGAGAUCGACAUCUUGCACCAAAGAGGCGCCUUCCUGUUGCCACCGCGUUCGUUGUGCGACGAACUGAUCGACGCCUACUUCAAAUGGGUGCAUCCCAUCGUCCCUGUCAUCAACCGGACGCGCUUCAUGAGGCAGUAUCGCGACCCGAAGAACCCGCCAUCGCUCCUCCUCCUCCAGGCGGUGCUCUUGGCAGGUUCCCGCGUUUGCACAAACGCGCAGCUCAUGGACGCCAACGGCUCGACUACCCCGGCCGCCUUGACAUUCUACAAGCGCGCCAAGGCUCUCUACGAUGCCAAUUACGAGGAUGACCGCGUCACCAUUGUGCAGUCCUUGCUGCUUUUGGGCUGGUACUGGGAAGGCCCAGAGGACGUCACUAAGAACGUCUUCUACUGGAGCCGUGUUGCAACAAUCGUCGCGCAAGGCUCGGGCAUGCACCGCAGCGUCGAGCAGUCCCAGUUGAGCAAGUCUGACAAGCGCCUCUGGAAAAGGAUAUGGUGGACGCUCUUCACUCGCGACCGAUCCGUGGCGGUGGCACUUGGUCGACCAGUCCACAUCAACCUGGACGACUCCGACGUGGAGAUGUUGACCGAGGACGACUUCAUCGAGGAUGAAACAGACCACGUCAGCGAGUAUCCUCCCGACCCGAUCCACGUCCAAUUCUUCCUUCAAUACGUCAAGCUGUGCGAAAUCAUGGGCCUUGUGCUCUCCCAGCAGUACUCGGUCGCCUCCAAGGGUCGGCAACGCAACGCCAUCGACUUGACGCAUAGCGACAUGGCCCUCGCCGACUGGCUGCAAAACUGCCCCAAGAUUGUGUACUGGGAGAUGCCUCGCCAUCACUUCUGGUCCGCGCUGCUGCACUCCAACUAUUACACGACGCUGUGCCUCCUUCACCGCGCUCACAUGCCGCCCAGCGGCACCAGUCGGUUCCCCGACGACUCGCCAUAUCCCUCACGGAACAUUGCGUUCCAGGCGGCAGCCAUGAUCACUUCCAUCGUGGAGAAUCUGGCGGCGCAUGGUGAGCUGCGCUACUGCCCGGCAUUCAUCGUGUACAGCCUCUUCUCCGCCCUCAUCAUGCAUGUCUACCAAAUGCGUUCGCCUGUGCCGUCGAUCCAGCAGGUCACGCAGGACAGGAUGCGGAGCUGCAUGCAGGCGAUGAAGGAGGUGUCUCGGGUUUGGCUCGUGGGGAAGAUGGUUUACACGCUCUUUGAAUCCAUCAUCGGCAACAAGGUGCUGGAGGAGCGCCUCCAGAAGGCAGGGGCGAAGAGACACCGGCGGAUGCAACAGAGCCUGUCACAGCUCGAUAACCACAGCAAAGCCCAGGAUGCCUCAAAACGCAAGUACGACGACAUGGCCAUCGACUUCACCGCCAACGCGCCAACUCCGCAAGAGUCGUACGAGAGAUCGCGACCGCAGACGCCGAGCGCCGUCAAGAACGAAGCCCCUGCCACGAUGCACCAGCCGAGCGCGGCCUCACCCAACACCCGGCCCAGCGGUGCCGACACUUUUAUGGGCGGGACUAGCUCGCGGCCGCAGACUCGCCCGGCCACGCCGUUUAACCCAUCCUUCUCUGUACCCGCCACGCCGCCGGAUCUCUACCUCGUCACAAGAAACUCGCCCAACCUAUCACAAUCCAUAUGGGAGAACUUUCAGCCGGAUCAACUGUUUCCCGAGAGCUCAAGCAUGCCGCCCGUCCCCAACCUGUCGCCAACACAAACCCACCAGAGCCUGGAUCAGAGCCUCAUGGCCCAGAUGACCCCAAGCAGCAUGACCCACAGCACCCACGGCCAGCAGGGCACCCAGUUCCAGCCGAGAGGCAGCCACGGCCAAGGCAACGGGAUGGUCGGCAUGCAAGGCUUCCAGGGCCAGUCAGGCAUGUGGCAAAGCAACUUCGACGGUGGGGUUCAUGACGGCCAGAGUCCAGAUAGCUGGAGCACGGGCUCGGUUCAAGGGCAGCCCGCACCCACGACACUCAACGUGGAAGAUUGGUUCCAAUUUUUCGGCAUCAAUGGCGAUGCCAGUAACUUGAAUCUCGAUGUCUCUUUGAGCUGA